UGUCGAGACAUGGAAAAUAUAUACAGAAGGAAAAUGGAAAGUGUGGGGACUGUGGGGGUCUGUCUAUACAAAGUCUACAGUCAGUCAAAAGCCGCACUCGCUCCUCCUCGGACUGUGCUCAGUUGCCUUUGUUCACAAGCGUUCCUAAUUUGCUAAAAUAAGUUAUUUCCUUUAGUGUUUCCUAAUUUUCUCACUGUCCCCUCUCUUCUUCAAGCUCUGCCAUGACAUUGUACGGACCAGCCAUUUUUCUGGGGUUUUUGCUCUUUCUUCAAAUGCAGUUUUUUUCAGCAAAUGCUGCUUCAGAGUGCCCCUUAGACAUGGCUGGAACCAACUAUACUCUGACUGCCUCAAUCUGCUCUAACAAAGAAGAAAGAGGAAAGUGUUGCCGCUACAUUAAUGCCUUGAUUGCAAUUUCUGUUGCUCGAUAUGCAAACUCAACAAGCAACUUGGGGGUUAAUGCUGAGUUAUCAAAGAUAUGCCUAGAUAAAAUAGCAGAAACUUUCCGAUUCCAUGGAGUGACCAGAAAUGCAACGCUGUUCUGCGGGUUCGGGACAAAAAUUCCUGUGAGCUAUGAUUGCCAAGGUCGAACAACUGUCACUCAGAUGCUUCAAUCUCCCCAGUUUUCAAGUGUUACUAGAAACUGCCAAGUCCCCCUCUCGGUGGAAAGUGAUUGUAGGAAAUGCCUCAAUGCUGGCAUCUUGUAUCUCCGCAAUCUAGUUGGUACAGCUAAUAAUAUCACAUUUAGUACUUGCCGAGAUGCAACUUAUGCUGCUCUUGCAAGCCAGGUUGACAAUGCAUCAGCUAUUGAUAUUGCUCGCUGUUUCUUUGGGGUUCACGGCCUUAGCAUACCUCCUGUUUCAGGAACAUCUCCUUCACAACUCUCACCAGAGGUCUCUCCAAGCCCUCCUGUUGCUGCUAGCCCGACUCAACUUUCCUUGCUUACGCCUGUUAAGGAAAAUCGCCAUCAUUACCACCUUACAUUGGUACCAGCUGUUGGCAUAGCAGUUACAGUCGUGGCUGUCAUGAUGCUGCUUGUCUUAAUUGUUCUGAUUUGGAGGAAAAGCAAACAGCUAGAAGAUUCUGAUGCAACUGAUAAGAAAUCUUCCAAAUCCUUCACGCAGCCACCGAAAAGAUUCCAGGAAGGUACAGCUUCUAUAUUUAAGAAAUACAGCUACAAGGAGACAAAAAAAGCCACCGACAACUUCAGCACAAUCAUUGGGCAGGGAGGAUUUGGCACUGUAUACAAAGCUGAAUUUAAGGAUGGUUACGUGGCAGCAGUGAAGAGGAUGAACAAGGUUUCUGAACAAGCUGAGGAUGAGUUUUGCAGAGAAAUAGAACUGCUUGCUCGACUGCAUCAUCGUCAUCUUGUUGCUCUAAGGGGUUUUUGCAUUGAGAGGCAUGAGAGGUUUCUCAUGUAUGAGUAUAUGGCAAAUGGAAGCUUAAAAGAUCAUCUGCUUCACAAUCCAGGUAGAACUCCGCUCAGUUGGCGUGCAAGAAUUCAAAUUGCUAUUGAUGUGGCAAAUGCUCUGGAAUAUCUUCAUUUCUACUGUGAUCCUCCGCUGUGCCAUAGGGACAUCAAAUCAAGCAAUAUAUUACUGGAUGAGAACUUUGUCGCAAAGGUUGCAGAUUUUGGACUUGCACAUGCUUCAAAGGAUGGUUCUAUUUGCUUUGAACCGGUAAACACAGAUAUCAAGGGAACUCCAGGUUAUAUGGAUCCUGAGUAUGUCAUCACCCAAGAGCUUACAGAGAAAAGUGAUGUAUAUAGUUACGGAGUGGUAUUACUGGAAUUAAUCACAUCGAGACGGGCAAUUCAAGAUAACAAAAAUUUGAUAGAGUGGGCUGAAAUACUCCUGACAUCAGAAUCUAGGAUAACCGAGCUCGUAGACCCUAACAUUGGAGACUCUUAUGACUUCGAUCAACUUCAGGCCCUUUUGGCAGUUGUUAGAUGGUGUACACAGAGAGAAGGACACGCUAGGCCUUCAAUCAAGCAGGUACUUAGGCUUUUGUAUGAGUGUGCAGACCCGAUGCACAGUGGCUUUGUGCAAUCCGUGGAGGACGAAGACUAUGACGAGAUUGAAGGUAAGGGAAGAACAAGUAGGUCUAGGCAACACAAAGGUGAGGGAAUAUUUCACAGUGGUGAUGGAAGGUGUUUAGCUUCUUCUUCAAGUACAUCAAGGUCUUAUUGUAGCCGAAGCUUCCUAAUUGAAACCAGCCCUCCUCAGUCGCCACUUUAAUAAACCAGCCAUUUAGACCACUGUUUAUUUUAUAACCGAGAAAUCUCCGGGUCCUGCUAGUGCAUGGUUCGAAACUUGGUGGAUAAUAGGUCUGCCCCUCCACUCUUUUGACUGUUUAGUAACUUACAAGCAGAUUUUUAACUGUAAAGCCAUCCUAACAUUGAUAAGCAGCAUGUGCACGCGACACCAGUGGCUGUAAUCCAUAGGUCCAUGAAGUUGCUUCAUUUCCAUCAAGCAAGGAUCUUUUUUCGCUUAUAAAGCAGCCGGUGUCUACAAGAAAAUUUUAUGACAACUUGUAUUACAGAGCCAAGUUCCAUUUUAUUCCUUCAUGCAAUUUUUUGAGGAGGGACAGACUAACAAUUUGGUUUUAUUUUUUUCUUGGUUGGUUUGUUAUGUUUUGUAACAUUCUUUAACACUUUCCGGGCUGGUGCUUCUUGCAAGUUUUUGGAGUUGUAACUUAUUAGCUUGUGCUGAUUCCUUAGCUGUAUUGUUUCCAACAGGCAACAUCAGUAGAAAUAUUGAUACUGUUUUCACAUCUUAUCUGGAAAUAAA